AUGGCGACAAAUCCUGUUCGUACGAAUCAAGAACCACCACAACCAACACGUCCACCACCACCACCACAACCACAACCAACACAACCACCACCACAACCAACGCAACCACCACCACAACCAACACAACCACCACCACCACCACAACCAACACAACCACCACAACCAACACAACCACCACCAACUAAACCACAACCACCACCACCACAAAUAACUACACAGUUAUUAAAUUCAGUGACAGGAGCACAGCAAAUUACUACACUCCCUGAAAUAGUAGCGACAUCAUCAUAUAGUCAAAUAAAUCCUGUGAAAUCCCCAGGAACUACCUCUGCAAAUACUUAUCAUGGGGUUCCAUCAAAUGGCGACUUCCAAAAUAAUUCAUCGGAUUCAUUAUCACCUGGAUUGAUUGUUGGAUUAGGAAUAGCAGGAAUUUUAGUUGUCGGUUUGAUAGCAUUUUUCGUAAGAAAACGAUUAAAAGUAUUAAAAUAUAAUAAACGUAAAAGCUUCUUGAAUGAUGAUUUUAAUGAAAUGUUUAAUGUUGCGUCAACAGAGCAACAUACAGCAAAUUCUAAUGCCAAUGGCGGUAAUACAAGGAAUUUAAAUAGUUCGGUAUCUAAUUCGAGGACGAAUAAUGAUAGUAGAAGAGUCCAUAACGUUGAUCUUAAUACCAACAGAUCAAAUAGUAGACCAUUAAAUAACAUGAUGUCUAGUCCUACUAACAGGCCGUUAACGAAUAAUAAUAGAGGUGAUGAAAGAGCUCAAACGACGGCGAGGAUGAAUAAUAAUAGGAGUGGCGGAGGUGUUUAUAAUUUUAAUAAUAGCGGGUCAAAUAGACCUUGGCCGCCGAAUAAUCAUAGACCAAAUGAUAUAUCUAUAAUAAACAAUCGAGUUAAUGUCUCCUCACCUCUAGCCUCACCUCCUCUAACUUCAAUGAGUAAUGCUUAUAGUAGCAAAGUAUCAGAAGUGACAACACCUUAUCAUCCAGCUAUCUCUGGUGAGCAACCAUCUUUCGGCAGACCACCACCUUUGGGAACUCCAUAUGUACAUGGUGUAUCAUUGUCACCACCGCCUUAUUUAUCGCCAGAAAAUAAUAAUAACCUGGGAGGAUAUGGUGCUGAAAUUAGAAGUAAUAAUAUCAAUAUAAUACCUUCAUCUUCACAUCAACAAUAUCAGCAGUAUACUUUUCCUCCACGCAAUUAUUAUAAUGAUAACGAUCUAACAUCAAAAUCUAAUAAUGAACAGUUAGUAACAAGUAAUGAAAGUAAAGGAAUUUCAAAGGUAAAUAACAAUAUUACUUCAAACCGUAUUGAAGGUAUACCACUAAGGGAAAAUACCUUAGGUGGAAAAUCUUUCGGAAGUUUUGAUUAUGGUGAUUAUG